UCUGUCGUUGUAGCUAAAGAAGAGUGAUCACCCCAGGCCUAUAGUGUACCAUAAGUAGUUCAUAAUUAUUAAUUACCAUCUAUCGUCGUCACUGCGCAAUCCACGAAAUGUUUGCGUUGUGCAUGCGACAAACCCUAAAUUUUCGUAUCAACUCUCACUUUGGGCAAAGCAGAGUCGACACGAGUUAGGCUACUCCGCUUGAACGUUUGGACGGAUUCUGAAAGAUGGCCAAAGUGAGCCAAGACGAACUUGUACAACACCUGUCAAAAGUGUUCGCCGUUAUCUGUGUGGUGGUGACUCUCAAGCCUGCCAGCGCCAUUGAGACAGUGAAUGUUGUUGAUUUAUGUGGCCAAACUAUCCAUGGGGAUGGGUUGAUCAUCAACUCCCACCAGGAAUCUAAGAAAUACUACUUUGUCACCAUGGGAACAGACUGCCAAUUGACCAUACAAGCCAACAUGCUGCAAGACAGGGUACUGUUCCAUUUCCGCUUCUUCCUGGUUUACAGCCUUCUACGGGUGGCCCCCCUUAGCCCUUCACCCUUUUUCCCAGAGUCUGCCAGUAAACCCUCACUUUCUCGCCCUGCCUGGCCUGACCAGCAUGUGGAGUCAACUUCUAAGGAUGGCCAGGAGGACCCCUGCUAUGCCGGCUCUUACAUACAGUUCUAUGAUGGCCCUAAUAUGAACUCACCCCCCAUAGGGCUCCCACUUUGUGGAAAAAGUCUACCACGACCUGUAAUUUCCACAGGAAAUUACCUGACUUUGAGACUGGUUACGAGGGGCACACAGCCCAGGGUUGAUUUUGUUGGAGACUUCACUUCUUUCAGAUUGGGUUCCAACCAAUCAGAAUGUGGUAAUGUACUUUACUUUAGCUGUUGGAAUGGGAAGUGCAUUCCAAUGAGUUUGGUUUGUGAUGACGACAAAGACAUUGACAACUGUGGAGACGGCAGUGAUUUAAGAAGUCAUCAUGAGGCUAAAUGCACAAGUCAUCAGUCUGUGAAACUGUCUCCACAGUUUACCCUUCCAACUUCAACUAUCCUCACAAAGAAUUGUGGCACACCUGAAAUCCCCAUGAACACCAACACAGUUGCAGGACACAGCGAACAUCAUGGAUUGAAGUGCUGGUCAUUUUUGGAUUAUACAGUUUGCAGACAAACUGUUCUGCUGAGGAUAGAAUAGCUGGACUUAGUACUUCAUCCUCACCAAAGUUGUGGAGAAGAUGAAGGCACAAUCUCAUGAUGCCACAACCAAAGGGUAUGAGAGGCUCAUCAUUCAGUGCAGAGACACAGAUGUACUGUUGUUGCAUCUUGUGUUUGCAACCUGCUGAGCCCAGAAAUUUGGAUGAAAGCAGGAACUGCCAAGAAACCACGCUACAUUAAAGUGUAUGAUAUUAAAAUGUCAAAUGAGAUUCUGGGUGGUCUGUUGGCAUUUCAUGCCAUCACUGGAUGUGACACUACCAGUCAGUUCACUGGAAUAGGAAAAAGGACGGUGUGGAAAUGUGGACGGUGUUCUAUCUUUGAGGUGUAAAAGUGGAAAAUGUUGUUUGACCUAUUACUGUACAUUUCCCAAAAUUGGACUCUCAAUCAAAACGAGUGAUAAACAUAGGAAAACAAGUGC